AUUAAUUCACGGCUCCUCCCAAAAGUCUUGGCCGCCCCCCUUUCACCAUGGACGAAGAACGGCAGAUUCUCCUCUCUCCCAAGGUCAAGGGCCAAGGUCGAGCCCGGUACUACCACGCGGACGUACACGCACACUUCUGGGUCCGUAAUCGGCGUGUCGCGUCUUGAAUCGAGAUGUCACCCCGUGAGGCCACGACGCUUUUGACGCCCGUAAUUCGGCGUGUCAAUAAUCGAAAUUAUACGCCGCAUAGUGAAGACCCCACGGUUUGACGCCCGUAAUUCGGCGUGUCGCUAAUCAGCGUCAAAACCACUCGAACAAUAUCGAAAAUAUGUCGCUCCGUGAAAGUCGCUAAUCAAAAUUAUACGCCGCAUAGUGAGUGCGCCACGUUUCUGGCGGCCGUUAAUUGGCGUCAAAAACCACUCGAACUCUCGAAAAUAUGCCGCUCCGUGACAUGUACCCUUUUGUCAAAGCGGGACUUGCACAUUGGCCACGUCGAGAGCAAACGAGUAGCAAUGUCCGCGUUUAAGCACAGACUCAAUAAUCUGCUGCACUGCUGGUUCCGCUGCACACAGACCGUCCGUAUCUGAGCCUUAGGACGGAGUGCUACAUACGCAGUGUUAAAAAUAGAAACUUAUUCUGUUCGCAAAAGCAUGGGCUACUUACGCCCACAGUCACGAGAUCGUGUUCAAUGCAGUUCCCGCUAAGAAGCCCUUACUGACUCGUCGGCAGUGGUCUACUGCAUUAUGUAAAAUUGUGGGAUGCCUGUCCAAACUCGCGAUUUUAGUUGCUAAGUCCCUCUUUCUGUAGGGUGCAUUGGCCGCGCAAAACGCUUCGGCCGACUGUAUUCUGUAUUGCUAUGAGCUAACUAUACUACUAACUGUGAUAACUGUGCUAACUGUGCUAAACAGUGUUACGUGAUGUUAUGACUGAGUUAACUGUAGCGUUGACGUGAGCAGUGGACCUUUUCUGCUGGCAGCAGCAGGUGCAGCAGCGCUGAGGCCGGCCUUGCAGUGAGGGCGGCGCCCUAGGCGCACAAUGCGCUGAUGUCGGGCCGCCGCCAGGCCCUGCUGUGCGUCGCCCUUCUCGGAUUCUGGGCCCUCGGCUCCGGCUGCCUGCACUGCAAGCACCGAGCUCGCAUCCUGCGAUAUCAGCGCCAGCGACCAGCCGGCGACGAUGAGCGGCCGGCAGUGCGUGUGUCGCGGCACGCCGCCACUACGUCGACGCCGGAGGAGCGCCUGGAGCGCGUCGAGUCGGUGGCGUGUGAUAGCACCGCGGGCUCCGGCGCUUUCCCAGCGGACUCAGCAGCCACUGCCGAGUCGUUCCACGUGGUGGAUGUCGAGCUGCCGGAAGCACACGCCGAGCUGCUGCGCCAAAAAGUGGACUUGGCCGCCCGUCUGCUCGUCCAAGUGGCUGCACACAACAGCGAACGCUUGCUGCUGCUGCUGCUGAACGAGACGCUGGUCUCGGACGAGCGAUUCUCUGCGUGCCGCGUGCUGUUGGCGGGUCCCAACGGCACCGCGUCGCAUCCAUGGGUCACUUACCUGGCGUCGCUGAGCCGCGGCGAAGGCGGUCGCCUCGCGGAGCGCCGCAACUUCCAACUGCCCAACGUGCCGUGGCUUCCAACCGAGGACGAGGACGACCCGGCGGCGGCAGCGACGGCAGGCCGACCGCGCGUCGACGCCGCCACCUACCGCGGCCGCUGGUCCAACACCUACUACUCGUGCCAGCUGCGCCGUUGGCUCGUAUCCUAUACUGUGCUGGUGUUCACUGGAAAGGCGCCGCCGCCGGCAUCCUCCUCCGGCUCCCCGUCGCCCUCGAGGAUGCCCGUGGCGAUGUUGAGCGUGGACUUGGACACGAGCGGUAUGGACAUCGACCAGUGCGACAGUGGCGCUCCGGCGAUUGCGCCUCGCGAUGGAGAUCCAGCAGCAGCAUCAGCAGCAGCAGCAGCAGCAGCAGCAGCAAGCGCAGCAACAGCAGCAGCAGCAGCAGCCGGUGCACUACGAAUCACCGCCUUCCACGGCACACACCGCUGCCACAACCGAACCUCUCAGUGCCUGUUCGCACGAGGACGCGGUUGGUCCCGGGGAUCCUAUGUGUGCCAGUGUCGCCGGGGUUUCUACGCGGCCACUGGGGACCCCUUUUUCAACGGUUCUCUCGUGGAAAGCGCCUGGAGGGAAAAAGUCCUUUUCGGAAGGCCCACGUACGACAUGCUUUACGUCUGCAAACCUUGUCGCCCUGGCUGCAACGAAUGCGUUGACGACUCACCUUGCUUGUCACAUUACAAUUGGGCUUUCAGGAUAUCGCUUUUGACCAUAUCUGUGAUCUGCAUCGUGCUGACGAUGGUCCUGGCUGGCUACGUGUACCGCUACCGAAAGCUGAAGGUGAUCAAGGUGGCCAGCCCCGUCUUCCUCUGCAUAACUCUCAUUGGCUGCGCCAUUAUGUACUGUGAGAUGGCAGCUAUAUUUCCCGUGCUCGACGUCUACUGUUGUGUGGCUACCAAGUGGACUCGCCACAUGGGCUUCUGCAUAACCUACAGCACGCUCCUGCUGAAGACCUGGAGGGUGUCGCUGACGUACCGCGUCAAGUCAGCGCACAAGCUGAAGCUGACAGAUAAGCAGCUGUUGCAGUGGCUGUUCCCAAUACUGCUUGAGAUGGCGAUCUAUCUGGGGACUUGGACCAUUUCUUCUCCACCCGAUGGCAUCUAUCUCAAAGACUGGCAUGGGCUCAAGUUUAAGCAGUGCGAAUACAACUGGUGGGAUCACACCAUGGCCAUCGGGGAGUUCCUCUUCCUUUUGUGGGGCAUCAGGGUCUGCUACAACGUGCGCAACGCCGAGUCCUUUUUCAACGAGGCGAAGCACAUCAGCUGGGCAAUCUACAACAUUACCAUAGUCAACCUCAUCAUGAUGCUGAUUCACUUGGUGAUUCUGCCGAGCGCGAGCCCCGAUGUGAAGUACCUGUUCGGAUUUAUCCGAACGCAGCUGAGCACCACUGUUACUGUCAUCUUAAUCUUCGGACCAAAGUUCUAUCGUGUGAUCAAGGGACAAGGCGACAUGUGGGACAACAGGGCUCGUGCCAGGGGCGUCACCGCUUCUUUUUCGCUCAAUGGGGUCGGGCUCAUGCACGAGGAGACUGUGGACCUCUAUCAAGAAAAUGAGGAGCUCAAGGAGGAGAUUCAAAAGCUGGCGGCCCAGAUUGAGUUCAUGAAGAUCGUUCACAUGGAGAUGAACAACCGCCACCUGAAGCCCAAGCACGGGGGCUUCUUCAGCAGCAGCAGCCAGGGCAACUCUACCCAGAGUCCCGUGGUGAAGGCGAUGUGCAUCAAAUUCGACAACACCGACUCACCUGGCUCGCGCAUCUCGCCCGCCGCCGAGUUGGUCAGCGAACGAGUGUGAGACCUGUUCUUCCGACGAACUUCUGAGGCUGAUAUUGUUUCAAUGACAGUGCUGGUUGUGUUGUGUCUUGUCUACGGUGUCCAGAAGUGACUCUGUAGUGCUUUAAGCGACCACCCCAGUUUAGCAGCCUUUGGGCGAGCUUGGCGACGCUCGGCACCGGCCCUUUGAGGCAGUAACGCCGUUGGCGCGUUCGCCAGGUGUGCUAAACGGGAGUGUCGGCAGCGGAGGCCGCGCGAGCUUUUGGAGCGAGUGCCUGGAGACUUCAUUUUGCCGUUGUAUACAUCAUGCGAUGGGCACAAUGUGUUUGUCGUGCACUGCAAUCACGAACAUUUACCUGAAUCCAUACCUAUGAUGCAGUUUUCCUCAGUAGUGCACCGUUGCAAAGAAAAAAAAAAGAAAAAAAAAGAGCGAGAGAAAAGGCUCAGGCCGAGAGAGCUGUUAACUGCCCGUCCGAAGGCGGCGCUAUAGCCAGCGCCUUAAACGCGUGCCAAAUCUACACGGCUCUGCGCUCCGGUAAAUGCGCGCGAGAGAGAGAGAGAAAGAAAGGAAAGGAACGACAGGGAGGCUAGCCAGUCUAAGUACCGGCUGGCUGCCCUGUGCUGGGGAAAGGACUAAAGGGAAUAAAAGGUGACAGAAGAAAAAUAUUAAAAUACGCGAGUGGAUACCACACGGCGCAGUAAAUAAAUAGGUUGUCAACUCGGAAACGCAGAUGCCAAACAGCUGUCAGCUUUGCAAUGGACUAUAUAUACAGGGUGUUUCAGCGAACACUUUCAAAAUUUAUUUAAGGUUGCCUCUGGCAGAUAGCCCAAUUCUAGUUAAUGAGCUGGUCUACUCGAAGAGGCGGACAUUACUUGCACAAAAAAUGAAAUGAAUAGUCGACUAAUCAAGAAAAUCUCACUAAUUAAGUUUUUAUCUAAUUACCUGAUGGCCCAUAUUGCAAUUUACAAAUUGCAGCCGUGUAGUUCGCAAGAAGCAUCCACUUGGAAAAAAUUCUCAGCAUGACACCAGUUUCGAGAUAUUGAUUCCCGAACUUUGAGAAAUGCAUUGGCGUUGCAGUUAAUUUUGUGCUUCACUGCAUAAAGCGACGAUUUGUUCAGAAACUAACUGGAACGCCAAUGCAUUUCUCCGCAAAGUUCGGGAAUUAAUAUCUCGAAACUGGUGUCAUCCUGAGAAUUCGUUCCAAGUGGAUCUGCCUUGCGAACUCCGCGGCUACAAUUUGUAAGUUGCAAUAUGGGCC